AUGAAAAAAACUCGACGUUUACCAGAUGUGUAUUCACCGUUACGAGCUGAAACUGAACUAUCAUUUCCUGUGCUUGAGACACUUGUUGAAUCUGAAGAAGAAGCUAACGGAGAGACAUCGGACGAAACAGAAGGAUGUAGUGGGGUGGAAAUUUUUGAUUCUUCAGAUACCGCUGAACAGGAAUUAAAAGCAAUUGUUAAGCCGACAAAUUCACCUCCAUUUCGUCGAGUUACCUUUGGUAAUCAUGUUCAUACGUUAUCGUCAAUGGAGCAAAAAUACUCGUAUCCAAGUAAACCAUCGGCAUCCGAAAGAACCCAGUCUGCAGCUCGGCGGGCGAGCCUUUUCGUUAGACGGGUAUCGAUGGCGAUUCCGUCACUGUCUGCAGAUCCUGUGCCCAUUUCUGCACCGUUUUGA